GUUCCUUCUCGGUUUUUGGUGAGGAGUUGCUGAACUUGGAUCCGUCCAUUGAUCCAAUCCUCUUUCUUUAUGCCCAGAUUUGUUUCAUAGGAAAAUACAAGUGACUGUGCGAGCGGCGAUCAGGCUAAGUCCAAGGGGCUGAACUAGAGGGGCGAGCUGAAAAUUCUAAGGCAUUUUGUUAGCAGGGGCAGAACCAGCCCGGGGGCUGGGGCUAGCCCGUGCCGGCGCCCCUUCAUCGGAAUUUUUAAGGUUUAUCUAUAGCAAACAUUCUGCAAUGGCGACUUCUAGAGUGAUGAUAUCGGCCAGCAACACUAUCACAACCUCUGUACUUUCCAGAGGUCCAUUAAGAAGGCAUAAUACUUUCAAUCUCUGCUUCAAGAGUGUCCCUUCACAGAAGAGCCGGUUCCUCACUUGCAGUGCUAUUUACAAUCCUCAGUUUCAGAUCAAAGAAGAAGGCCAACCUGAGACCAUUGAUUACCGUGUCUUCUUAGUGAACAAUUCUGGAAAAAAGGUGUCUCCAUGGCAUGAUAUACCACUACGCUCGGGUGAUGAUGUCUUCAACUUCAUUGUUGAAAUCCCUAAAGAAACAAGUGCAAAAAUGGAGGUUGCCACUGAUGAGCAACACACUCCAAUCAAACAAGAUAUAAAAAAAGGGAAACUAAGAUAUUAUCCGUUCAAUAUUCAUUGGAAUUAUGGAAUGCUUCCUCAAACAUGGGAAGACCCUUCAUUUGCAAACUCUGAUGUUGAGGGGGCACUUGGAGAUAAUGACCCUGUUGAUGUUGUUGAGAUUGGGGAAAGGAGCAGGAAAAUUGGUGAGGUACUAAAAGUAAAGCCGGUAGCCGCUUUAGCAAUGAUUGAUGAAGGAGAACUUGACUGGAAGAUUGUUGCAAUUUCACUAGAUGACCCAAGAGCUUCUCUGGUUAAUGAUGUUGAGGAUGUUGAAACCCAUUUCCCGGGCACACUUGUGGCUAUCAGGGAAUGGUUUAGGGACUACAAGAUCCCUGAUGGAAAACCGGCUAACAGAUUUGGCCUUGGAAAUAAAGCUGCAAAUAAGGACUAUGCGCUGAAGGUGAUUAAAGAAACCAAUGAAUCUUGGGCCAAGCUUGUCAAAAGAUCUGUUCCAGCUGGUGAGCUUUCACUUCUAUAAUACCUUGCUGCAGGUCUAAUACCUAUUUAAAAGCAGGAACCUUGCUAAUGUUCAAGCCAUGUCCAACCAAUCCUUGUUCGGAAUUUUUGUCUAAGAUUCAUUUAUCAUUCGAUUUCUGAGAGAAACUCGAUUCUUGUAAUUCAUACAUGAAUUUUGUUUUACUUGCAAUAAAGUUCUUCCUUGAUGCAAAACAUAUCUUUCAUUCUAUUUAGUAUGUAUCAUCCAAGAAGUAUUUCCUAGCUAAAUCAUAUGAAAGUGAUGAAAUUACUUAACA